AUGUACAGAAGUGUGAAGAUGGAGCUCUUUACAGCUCUAUUGGCUACUUUCAUGGUCCUUGUGGUUAUGACUUACUUGUCAAAAAAGAAACCAUCCACAUACCCACCAGGUCCCAUCAAGUGGCCCUUGGUUGGGACUCUUCCUGCUCAACUCAUGAGCAGAACUUUGGGUAUUGGCUACUGGGAAUGGGGGCUGAAGUACGGAAAAAUUUACAGUAUUCAACUUGGACAACUUGAUGUUAUAGUGCUUACUGAUUUUGACUUGGCUAAAGAGGCCAAUGCCAAGGAAGAACUUGUGGACAGGCCACAGUUUGACUUCUGGCACUUCUUCAUGAAGUACAAGAAUGCAGGACUGAUCUUUGCCAAUGGCCAAGAUUGGAAGGUUAGAAGAAGGUUCACACUCAAACAUCUCAGAGACUUUGGAUUUGGAAAAUCCUCCAUGGAGCAAUUGAUUCUUGAUGAGAUGCGACAUCUGGCUGAUUCAAUCAACACUGAAAAAAACCCAAAAGGAUCCAUUGUGGAGCUGGAUUCAGGAUUGAAUGCUGCUGUGGGCAAUGUCAUCUGGUGGCUCACAGCAAACAGGAGAGUGGAUGGCAAAGACACUGAGAUGAAGAACAUCCUGGAAACAAUUGAUAGUCUCAGUCACUUUGACCUGACAAACAUAAUAUCUCUCAUACCAGCACUGAAGCCAUUUUUUCCUGAUUUCAUGCUGAAUCAUGAAAAGAGACUCAAAAGAAGGACAAGAGUUUAUGACUACAUGCAAGGACUCAUUGAUGAACACAGGCGCACUGUUGAUCCAACUGAACCCAGAGACCUCAUUGAUUGUUGUAUCAUUGAGCAGCAGAGGUUGAGAGAAAGUGGAGAGGAUGAUUCUUGCUUUGAAGGCAAGUGUCAGAAAUCACUUCUGAAUGAUAAGCUGGCAUGGACUCUGGCUGACCUGUUCAUAGCUGGUGCAGAAACCACAGCAACCACUCUUAGAUGGACCAUUUUGUACCUCAUCUCAUACCCAGAAGUCCAAGUAAAACUUCAUCAAGAAAUUGACAAAGGAACCAUUGUCACCACUGCACUGUAUGCAAUCCAUCAUGAUCCAAAGAAUUUCAAGAACCCUGAAAUCUUCUAUCCUGAAAGGUUCUUGGGUGAAGAUGGAAAUCUCAUUAAAAACCCAAAAAUCAUGCCUUUUCAAGCUGGAAAAAGGCAAUGCUUGGGAGAAACUCUGGCAAGGAUGAAUGCCUUCUUGGGCUUGGUUUACUUGCUGCAAACAUUCAAAUUUGAGAAAGUGCCAGGAUUUCACUACACCUUGGAACCAAAGAAGAGAGAAGAGGUUGUUCAUAUUGUACAAUUUGGACAGCAUGACAUUGUAGUACUAACUGACUUUGACCUGGCUAAAGAGGCCAAUGCCAGGGAAGAGCUUGUGGACAGACCACAGUUUGACUUUUACCACUUUUUCAUGAAGUACAAAAAUUCAGGGCUGAUCUUUGCCAAUGGCCAAGAUUGGAAGGUAAGAAGAAGAUUCACACUCAAACAUCUCAGAGCCUUUGGAUUUGGAAAAUCCUCCAUGGAACAACUGAUUCUAGAUGAGAUGCAACAUCUAGUUGAUUCAAUCAAUGUCAGCAACGGCGAUACUUCAAGAACAUUGGGGAUCCAUUGGGACCAAGCUCAACCUCAAAGAAGAGUGGAAAGCAAAGACACUGAGCUGAAAUAUGUCUUGGAAACUUUUGAUUGUCUCUGCCACUUUGACAUGGCAAACAUACUUUCUUUCAUUCCAUCACUGAAGCCAUUUGUGCCUGGUUUCCUGCUGAAUCAUGAAAAGAGACUCAAGAGAAGAACAAAAGUAUAUAACUACAUGCAAGGACUCAUUGAUGAACACAGGCACACUGUUGAUCCAACUGAACCCAGAGACCUCAUUGAUUGUUGCAUCAUUGAGCAGCAGAAGUUGAGAAAAAGUGGAGAAGAUGAUUCUUACUUUGAAGGAAAGUGUCAGAAAUCACUUAUGACAUCUUUGAAUCAUCUUUGGAAAUCAUGA